UCGCUGCUCCGCUGUGAGUGACUGAGAAAAGAGAAGCAAUUCUCAAUAGCUGUCAACACAUGGGACUGUUGAGAAUUAGGUGAAAAAUUAGUUAAAAUAACACCGGCUGAAGUGUGUGGGACAUAACGAGAUUGGACCUUUCUAAUGCAAAUCUAACCAUGGUUUCCAUCGACCAUGUCGCUCAAAAAAUACUGACUUACAUCCCAUAUAUUCUUGUUUUGAUUGACAUGAGAUAUGAAGGAGUGAAAUGUGGCAGGGAUGGCAGUGUGGACAAUCAUAUGGAGAUGGGGAAGAAACUGCUCGCUGCUGGCCAGCUAGCCGAUGCUCUAUCUCAUUUCCAUGCUGCAGUGGACGGAGAUUCCAAGAACUACAUGGCAUACUACAGGAGAGCUACAGUAUUUCUAGCAAUGGGGAAGUCAAAGUCUGCACUGCCAGAUUUGAGCAGAGUUAUUGAACUCAAACCAGACUUCACAUCUGCACGCCUUCAGAGAGGAAAUCUCCUCCUGAAGCAGGGAGGACUAGAUGAAGCGGAGAGUGACUUUAAGAGGGUGCUGAACUCCAACCCGAACGACAAAGACGAGAGGGAAGCUCAGAGUCAGCUGACAAAGUCGGAUGAAAUUCAGAGACUGGUGGCUCAGGCACACAGCAGCUUCAACAGCCAUGAUUAUGUGACAGCUGUUGCCCAGCUUGACACCAUCAUUGAGACUUGCGUUUGGGAUGUGACCUCUCGAGAGAUGCGAGCAGAGUGUUUCAUUCAAAUGGGAGAGAUGGGGAAAGCCGUCAGCGACCUCAAAGCUGCGUCCAAGUUAAAGAGUGACAACACCCAGGCUUUCUACAAACUCAGCACCAUCUACUAUAAUCUUGGAGACCAUGAGAUGUCCCUCAAUGAGGUGCGUGAGUGCCUGAAGCUCGAUCCUGAUCACAAACAGUGUUACAGCCAUUACAAGCAGGUCAAGAAGCUCAACAAACAAAUCCAGUCUGCAGAGGAACUCAUCCAAGAGCAGAGGUAUGAAGACGCAGUGAGCAAAUACGAGGCAGUGAUGAAGACCGAGCCCAACGUGCCCCAUUUCUCUCUCCUCGCCAAGGAGCGUAUGUGCCAUGCGUUGACACAGCAGGGCCAGAAGGCUAGCAGAGCAAUCUCGUUGUGCAGUGAAGUCCUCCAGUCGGACCCGGAGAACAUUAACGUGCUGAAGGACAGAGCUGAGGCCUAUGUCCAAGAGGAACAGUAUGAGGAAGCUAUUGAGGAUUACGAGACUGCUGCAAAACACAGCGAGAACGACCGGCAGAUAAAAGAAGGCCUGGAGAGAGCUCAGCGACUUCUCAAACAGUCUCAGAAGAGGGAUUAUUAUAAGAUCCUGGGAGUAAAGAGAACUGCCCAGAAAAGGGAGAUUAUCAAAGCCUACAGGAAACUGGCAAUGCAGUGGCAUCCAGACAACUUCCAGGAUCCAGAUCAAAAGAAGAAGGCUGAGAAGAAGUUCAUAGACAUCGCUCAGGCUAAAGAGGUUCUCAUUGACCCAGAGAUGAGAACUAAGUUUGACCAAGGGGAAGACCCGAUGGAUCCGGAGACUCAGCAGGGUCGUACUCAUCAUCAGCACUUCAAUCAGGGUUUCAAUCCAUUUGGCUCCGGACCCUUCAACUUUAAAUUCAACUUCAACUGAGGAAGCUCGUGUGCAGCACGGCCCGAGCGGAUUCUCGUAUUUUCCUCCUCAUGUAAAACUGAGAUCUCGGACAUAAGGAUUGUCAGGAACGUUAUAAGUCUCACUUGUGGAGCAAAUUGUGACUUUAAUUCAGUGACCUUAAUUAAAUAUGCAUCUUUGUUGUUGAAUAAUACAACUCUGAAUUCCGUUUGGGGGGAGGUCUGUUGCUAUGCUAACAAAUAUCUGCCCUGUGUGGAGCAGCUUUUAUCUGUUCAAGCCUGACACUGGCAUCCUUUCCACGUACACUCAAUUCACAUCCAUUCGUAAGAUUACAUUUGUACAUAAGUACAGUCCUAUUUUUAUAUGAAUGGUGUUUUGAACUGUAAAUAAAGAUAUUUAUGUACCUUGAA